GCGCCGCUGCUUCAGCACCACGAACCCUCGCAGCCUUCAACCUCCAACCCGCUUCAUCCUAUCCCAUUCUUCUCUCUCAAUAUAUACCUUAUUUUUUUUUUAAAAAACAAAGUUAUAUUAAUUUUAGGGGAAGGAAAUCCAAACAUUCUCUGUAGAAAUCGGGGGCGGGCAACCGGGAAAACCAAAGAGCGUGGAGGAGGAGGAUGAACAUGUCAGUGAUUUCUCUUCAGGAGUAUGACUUUGAGAAACAAUUCGACGAGAGGGGAGCCAUAGAAUGGAUGCAGGAAAACUGGAGCAAGUCGUUUCUGUUUUCUGCAGUUUAUGCUGCGUUGAUCUUUGCUGGGCAGUAUUACAUGAGAGAGCGGAAGAAGUUUGAACUUCGGAAACCAUUAGUCUUGUGGUCACUGACGCUUGCUUUAUUCAGUAUACUUGGUGCUUUCAGAACAGGGUGGUAUAUGUGGCAUGUCCUGUACACCAGUGGCUUCAAGCAAUCAGUGUGUGACCAGAGCUUCUACAAUGGACCUGUGAGCAAAUUCUGGGCAUAUGCAUUUGUCUUGAGCAAAGCUCCAGAACUAGGUGACACUAUGUUCAUCGUUCUACGGAAACAGAAACUGAUAUUCCUGCACUGGUAUCACCACAUCACCGUGUUGCUCUACUCCUGGACAUGGUCCUUCUACAGGAGCAAAUGAAGAAUGCCAGAACUAAAGCUACUACAAACAAAAUAUCCACAUUCACAAAAUGGUGGAUGUCCCUGCACCAACAACAAUACAGUCUGUUCUAGUCCUUACUACAAUUCCAAAUUUCUUUUAGAAUAUACAAGACCUUUUGAAUAUUAAAUUGCCAAAGUAACUCUUUUAAAAGGGUUUACAGUAAUGAUAAUUCUAUUCAAACGUGUACUGUGAAUUCCUAAGCCUUCUCGAUCAUUUCUCUUAUCACCAGAACCACCAAUGUGUUAAAGACACCUGGUAAUGUACUUUGGUGAAUUGAGAAAAAUAAUGCCACGUACUGGGAACAUGGUGUUGCCCUCUCAUCUAUUUAAUGUGCUGAGAAAAUAUACUUGACACAAGCUGAAAAUGCAGUGGCAGUAGGCUUGGGAGAGAUCUCAAAAUCUUUUUUAAAUUCCUUAUCUUCCAAUCCCACCAACAUCCAUAAUCAGAUGACUGAAAUCUAAUCAUUUAAUUCUAACGCACUCAUCUUGUAUUUGAACUGAGAUUUCUUGAUGUGUCAUCACAAUUAUAUAAACCAUCAGCAUUUUAUUCUGCGUACCUAGCAUUACCUUAGAUCUGGAAAUGUUCCAUGUAUUUGAGCUGCAAAUUACGACAUAGGCCCUUGUUAGUGUAGUGCCUUACCAAUUGGGGAGCAGACACUGACAUAAGAUAGUACAUAAACACCUGUGAGAAAUAAAACACCUCUCAUCUAUCCCCCAUCUUGUACUCCACCCCAUCAGCAAACAAUGGAGUCAGGGAAAAUGGUUUGUUUAAACAUUAGUUGUUUCAGUAAAAGUCUGUCUUAGUGUUACAUACUGUCAGGAAAUAAGGUGGUCCAAGACUUGUUUUAAUGUGCCAUUAUGUCCACAAAGAUGACACCAUUUAUUUCCUUAAAUCUGCUGUUCAACAUGUUCAAAUGUGUUAUAAUGUUCUAAAUGUUCU